AUGGCAGAACCAUCGACAGCUGACUAUAUAUUUAAAAUAGUUUUAACGGGUGAUUCCGGUGUUGGGAAAUCGAAUUUGUUAUCACGUUUUACUCGCAAUGAAUUUUCACUGGAAAGUCGUUCGACAAUUGGCGUAGAAUUUUCCACAAAAGAAGUACAAGUUGAUGGGAAAACUAUUAAAGUACAAAUAUGGGAUACAGCUGGUCAAGAACGAUUUAUGGCAAUAACGAAAGCAUACUAUCGCAGUGCCGUAGGUGCUCUUGUUGUCUUUGAUAUUCUCAAAGCAUCAACAUUCCAAAAUCUUGAUCAAUGGUACAACGAAGUACGAGCUAAUGCUGGCAUCGAUUGUUGUAUUAUCUUAGUAGGAAAUAAAUCAGAUCAACGACAUAUACGUGCUGUUCUUUAUGAUGAUGCAAAAAAGUAUGCUGAAGCAAGAAAUAUUCAAUAUAUUGAAACAUCAGCAUUAGAUUCAACAAAUGUUGAGCAAGCAUUUCGAACACUUAUUGCAGAUAUAUAUCGUUGUUGGGCAGCUCGAAUGGAUUCCAUGAAAGAGGAAGCCAAUGGUCAUGCACUACAGAAUACUGUUCAAACAAUUCGACCCGGGUACCAAGCAGCUCAAAAUACGCAAAAUUCGAACUCGUGUUGUGGAAGUUUUGGAUAA